AUGGCUACUCCCAAAGGCAACGAGGCCGAUGUCUCGACAUUUGCGUCGGGUGCUGGCAAGAAUGAACAUCUCGUCGACUCAAGGGUGUCUGAUACGGGGAGUGAACCCAGCGAUGUCCUCGAUCCAGGCAAGGAUGUCUACGACAGUACUGGAGCCGAUCCAGUUCUUACCAAGAAGAUGGCUUUGAUUAAUUCUACGAUCGAUGAGAUUGGGAUGACUCGAUGGCACUGGAAGUUGUUCUUUCUGAAUGGAUUUGGAUAUGCUGUUGAUUCGCUCCUCGUCGUCUGCCAGUCAAUCGCACAACCGGCCGUCACUCAAGAAUAUGGAGCUCCCAAUCCUCCUCUUGCUGGAGUCGCUCUCGCCUCUCAGAUUGGUCUGCUCGUCGGUGCUGCCGCUUGGGGUUUCUCAGCAGAUAUUAUCGGACGCAAGCUCGCAUUCAAUACCAGUUUGCUGUCUUGCUCGGUGUUUGUCAUUAUUGCCGGAGCGAUGCCCAACUACAUUUCCUUCUCGGCCAUGGUAGCCAUCUACUCAGCAGGAGCCGGAGGAAAUUACAUCCUCGACGCAACCAACUUCCUCGAGUUCCUCCCGCACUCGCAUGCCUGGCUGGUCACUUUUCUGAGCAUCUGGUGGGCCGUGGGAUACACCAUCACAGGUCUCCUCGCGUGGGCGUUCAUGUCGAACUUCAGCUGCGCUCCAGAUGCCACUCCGGCAACCUGUACCCGAGGGGAGAACAUGGGAUGGCGAUACCUCCACUUCACGGCCGGAGGCCUCGUCCUGGUGGUCGCAAUCCUCCGCGUCCUGAUUGUGAGAAUGCAGCAAACGCCCAAAUGGCUCUGCGCGCAGAACCGAGAUGAGGAAGCAUACGAGCUCCUGGCCGGGCUGUCCACAAAGUACAACCGACCCAUCAGCCUGCGUCUGGAGACCCUCACCGCCCAAGGUCGCGUCCUGCACACUGAAAAGUCAGUUUGGUCGGCUCUUCGUCUGCGAAAACACAUACUUGCACUGUUCGAGACGAAGAUGCUCGCAUACUCCACCUUCAUGAUCAUCUUCAACUGGUUCACAAUCGGCAUGGUCUCGCCAUUAUACGGUGUCUUCUUGCCAUACUACCUCUCUUCGCGGGGCGCAGAUGUCGGUAGCAACUCCAACUACAUCACCUGGAGGAACUACGCCAUCAACCAAGUUGCCGGGCUCGGAGGACCCAUCAUCGCCGCCGUGCUCGUCGAGCUUCGUCUCUUCGGUCGUCGUGGCACGCUGGCUGUCGGCGCGGCUAUCACCACAGCUCUGCAGAUCGGAUAUACGCAGAUCAAAACGCCAGCAGAGAAUGUCGGUGUCUCGGCUGCUAUCUCCGCCGCGUCGAAUAUCUACUAUGGCACGAUCUAUGCGUAUACCCCUGAGAUCUUGCCGAGUGCUCAUCGCGCGACGGGGUAUGGGCUUUGUGUGGUGAUGAAUCGUGUCGGUGGCAUCGUGGGCGUUAUCGUGGGGAGCUAUGCGAAUGUCGAGACGACUGCUCCGUUGUUUGUCUGUGCUGGGUUAUUUGGUCUUUUGAUCUUCCUCGCUCUAGCUCUACCGUUCGAAAGCCGUGGGAAGCGUAGUAUUUAA